AUGGCGACAUCCGUCAUGUCACCACAGCACGUCCCAGAUCCUCUGUCGCAAAAUUCGUCUGGCCCCAGUAUCCUUGAAGAAGUUGCGGCCGCUCAAGAACAUCUUCGAAGUCGUCUCGCUGGGGCACUCGCUAUCCCGCCGUCAAAGGCUGCGUCGGAGUCGUUGCCAACAGUCCCGCUAAUCGACAUUGGUCCUUCUUUCUCUGACGACACCUCGUUGCGGAAGGCCGUAGCAAAGCAGAUUCGUGAAGCCUGUGUGACCACCGGUUUCUUCCAGAUCAGCAACCACGGCGUCUCGUCCGAGGCAAUGGACGGAGCGUUGAAGCAAGCAGAGCGCUUCUUCCACCAGUUGACGCCGGAACAGAAAGACAAGUUGAACAUGAGGCACUCUCCGCUCUUCCGGGGGUACGAGCCCCACGACUAUACAUAUGUGAAUGUAGACGACAUGGCGGGAGGCGACGGCUCGAACACACAGGAACAGCAUGAGCCUGAGACGAAAGAAGGCUUCAACUGGGGGUAUGAAGAACAGCUCGACCCAACGGGCGGAGAUGGAAAGUAUGUCGAACUGGACGGGCAGUCGCCCGCCUCGGCGGGACAAGGAAACAUCUGGCCUGACGAGGACGAUCUCCCUGGCUUCUACGAGGCAAUCAAACUCUACUACGGCCAAGUGCUCCAACUGGCCCGACAUCUGUUUCGACUCUUUGCACUAUCUCUGGGCCUUGAAGAAGGAUAUUUCGACCAGCUCAUGACCCAUCCGGGCGGGAUUGCAAGGUUGUUGUAUUACGCCGGCCAGCCGCCAGUCCCCAACGAAGCUGCCAACGGCGAUGCAAGCACACGGAGACAAGAAGGCAAGCUCGGGCUCGGCGCGCACACCGACUACGAAUGCUUCACGCUGCUCCUCUCCUCGUCCAACCCGGGGCUCGAGAUCCUCUUCCCUCCAUCACCGCUCACCAACGACCGUCCCGUCUGGCUGCCCUGCCCCGUCCGCCCGGGCACGUUGACGGUCAACGUGGCGGAUUUCCUCAUGCGCUGGACAAACGGCCUGUACAAGUCCACCAUCCACCGGGUCGUGAGUAAACCGGGCACGGGGGAGAGAUACUCGGUGCCGUUCUUCUUCAGCAUCAACUACGACGCCGAGGUGGUGCCGCUGCCGGAAAGCGUGGUGGGCGUCAGCAAGUGGCAGCCGAUCAAGGCCGGGGAGUAUAUUCUGGAGAGGCUGAGGGUGACCACGGCAUGA